AUGGCUCACGGCCAGACGCUGCAGCAGCUCCUGCAGUUGAGGAAUCCCCUGCAGCUAUAUCUCAAGGUUCGGGAUCCGGAUACAACGCCCACCACUGGCUCGGGGUCCGAGACCACUUCCGCAACGCCGGUGAAGCCUCGAGGCAAAGCCCCGGCACCGUCGCGAUCCAGCCUCCAAGUGCCGACCCAGAGCCCGCCAGGUCCGUACUCUUAUGGCGUCAAGACGUUGUACCUUAAAGGCGAGCGUCUGCACGACUUCCACCGCAUCUUUGACACGAGCCGGCACGAGGAUACAAGGACGGCAUGGCACACGAUGCGCUACCUUGCCGAAAGCGCCCUCAUAGACCAGCAAGUCGUGCUCAUUGCGUACGGCCAGUCGGGUUCCGGCAAGACGGCGACGCUGUACGAAGGCCACAAAACCGGCCCUGAAAAGAUUCCCUCCUUUCUCGACUACAUAGGCGAGCUUCUGUUCAAAGAGCACGGCGAGCAGAAGUGGUCCAUCCAUGCAACUUGGAUUGAGGUGUAUGGAAAGGUCAUGUACAACUUGGCCCAUCCACGCGAUAAGCAGCAUCCUCCAAGGAAAAAAGCUGCCAACUCCAACACGUCCAGCGAUGAGGUCGAAUAUAACCGCGGUGGGGCAAAGCCCCUGGAUCCCGGCGUUUUCCCCUACUCUUCUCUGAACGACUACAUUCUUUAUAAGAAUACCCGCACGUCUCUUGCCCCAACGACUCUCAACUCUGCCGAUGAACUCUCGAAAUUCAGGAAACACUGUCUCGCUCGCCGCCACAUCGAUGGCGGCGACGCGAACGGCACCUCAUCGCGCGGCAACGCCGUAUUGACCCUGCGCCUGUUCUGCGAUGGCGCACCCCGCGGCGCUAUCGCGUUGGUGGACCUGUUCGGCGCGGAGGAACAGAAAGCUGGAGAUGUGAAACAAAAGAACGAGCGCGGCCCUGCCACCAACGACAUCGAGACCCUCGGUAAACACCUGCAAAACCUAUCCCAGCAUAAAGUGUCUCCUAUUCCGCCGCCUACGAUACGCCAGUCGAAGCUGCUAGGGUUGCUUGCAGGCAUUUUGCAGGGCGACAAGGUCAUGCCGGCCGACGGUCGCGGUGCUAGGCCACUUGACCCGGGGUCGGGAGCUUAA